AUGACUACGGACGUGCACUUUAAAAAGUUAUGGAGAACGCUUAAAUAUUAUCAACAAAUAACUCGGCCUAUUACCGUCGUCAUUAUACCCAAUUUUGAGGCGUACCUGGAAUUCGUGGAUGCCGUUAAGACCUAUCCCAUGUCUUUUCCGGUGUGGUUCAUUCUGUUUCUCUACAUCCCUGACAUUAGCACCCAUGAUUAUUGCCGUCAACCCAUCGGUAAUCCCUUUAAUCUAACGUUCGACACGCAGAUGUUAGUAUUGUGUAACAACGAGACAAUCUUGCGAGAAUGGUAUUCCGUCAAGGGCGACAUUGUCAAAAUCUUUGACUUGGCGGAAUGGAGAGACGAUAAACGAUUCGUUCCUCUGACAAAUCUAUCUCUCUACGAACGGAGGAACGACAUGGAAGGAGUUGUACUACGGGCGGUCGCGUCUGAGAGUUUAUUUUCAACGAUUGAUGGGAAUCAGGUGGCUACUAUGUAUGGAAAAGUGUUGGAGGAGCUCACGAGUUCUCUUAAUUUCACCGUGAACAUUGUCUCGCAAAUAACCGAACACGGUAUACAGAAUCGACAAACUCUCAUCUGGUCUGGAGUGAUGGGCAAGAUGGUAUCGGGUUGUGCAGAUUUUGCUGUCGCCGACAUGUCGUUGACGAGUCUUCGAAAGGAUUAUGUCGAUUUCACGCUGCCUUUAAUUGUAUCUAGAAUCAAUUUAUAUAUCAAGGAACCAGGAAUGUGUGGUGUCAAAUGGAUCGGCUAUUUUCAGACUUUCAAUUCGUGCACGUGGGUUACAAUUAUCAUACUGAUAGCGACCGUACCACUACUCUUAUUCUUCAUGAAAUCAUACCGCGGUCAAUCACGAAACGCCAUGGAUCUGAUCUCUGAGAAUUUCAUCUGCAUUUGGGGUAUUUUUUGUCAGCAGGCGCUUAUAGAGUUUCCGAAAAAUUUAUCGCUGCGCGUCGCGUACUUCACGAUAUUUUUGACGGCGAUGUCGAUAAUGGCCCACUAUUCAGCGGCGUUAAUUUGUUUUCUGACAGUAUGUAAUCGCGUUCUGCCUUUUCAAACGCUAGAAGAAUUCGCUGAUGACGGUACUUAUAAAUUAACCAUGCUACGUGGUACUGCUGACUACGGUGUAAUUACUGUAAGUUCACUCAGCGAUCGAAGAGUCCGACUUUCACUUUUGGCUUAUACACGUUUUGAGCGAUCAAAAUUAUGUCAAACUAUUACAUUUGAAGAUUCAGACGCGAGUAUUCUUGAUAUUCAACGACAAGAAGAUUGGAAGAGCUCGACAAUCACGGCAAACUACGUCGAAGAUUCUGUAGACAACAAAGAAGAAGUUAGAAAAAUUAUCGCGAAUGAAAUUUACAAUGCACCAACAACCUCAACUGCACAUCUGUUGUUAGAUCAAAUUGAGUGCAUCCAGAAGCACGACCACUUACUGAGCGGUCGUGCUUCUAGAUGCACCCAUUGUGUUGCGCAAAUUCUGCUUCAUUUUCGCUGUCAAAGAGUUACUAGAUUCUGCUUGGUUUCUGCUGUAAAUCUGUUGACGUUAUCUCAUAUGCCGUUAUCAAAACGGAAGCGAUUAGCUAAGUUUCAGGCGCAGCACGAGGCUAAACUUUUCUAUGUAAAACUGAUGAAAUUAUUGAAGGACGAAUCGGAAUUGCCAAGGAAUUUAAAGGAAGGCUUCAUGCAAGUAUGCAAUGAGAAAAAUGUUGCCUUUAUGGUGCUGAGUGCUCGAAAGAAAAGCGUAGAAAAGGAGAUACCCUGUAAGUUGUCGAGCAUUACUACUGAAAGGAUAGACAAUUUAGCAAUGAUCCUCUCAAAAAAUAAUCCGUAUACAGGCGUCAUAAAUUAUUAUUUGCAGAAAUUUUUAGACAAUGGUAUGAUAAUGCGUCUGAGGGAAACAUAUUCGCCGCAGUUGGUGGAAGACAAGAUUUACAGGCCAGUUUAUUUGUUUAACGUCAUUCCAAUUUUGGCAAUUCUCUGCGGAGGCUUUAUUAUAAGCACCAUGAUAAUGAUUAUAGAGAAAAUUUAUUAUCGAUCGAGAAAGAAAUUUUAAUUAAGAGUAUUUCAUCCUUCCAGGAAGCUAUUUAUCAAGAAAUAUAAUAAUUGAGAUUAAACUUAUAA